AUUUCUAUCGCACUCCGAUACUACUUAUGUUCUAGUUAGGUACUAAACGUGAGGCGCGUGCUUAGCGAGCUAGCUUACUUGUGGACAGAAACGGGUGUCUGUUGGCUGCGUCGUGCAGAUGUGGUGCAGACUGAGUGUUUGUGUGGUUAACAGAGCAGUUUGUAUUAGGAAUCUCUUCACUAUGCGUCUAAAGACCGACGAGUUCCGCUCUCUGUUCACUGACGGACUCAGUGGACUAGCAGAGGUGUUUGAGAAGCACCAGUAUGAGCUGCGGAUUGCCGGGGGUGCUGUGCGGGACCUGCUGUCUGGGAAGCGUCCUGAUGAUGUGGACUUUGCCACCACAGCCACUCCAGAGGAGAUGAAGCAGAUGUUCCAAAGCGCUGGAAUCAGGAUGAUCAACAACAAAGGAGAGAAGCAUGGGACCAUCACAGCCCGACUGCACAAUGAGAACUUUGAGGUGACCACACUGCGGGUGGAUGUUCAGACAGAUGGACGACAUGCUGAGGUGGAGUUUACCACUGACUGGCAGAAAGACUCCGAGCGGAGAGACCUCACCAUUAACUCCAUGUUUUUAGGGCUUGAUGGCACAUUAUACGACUAUUUUAAAGGAUAUGAAGACCUCCAGAACCAUAAAGUGCGCUUUGUUGGCAGCGCUGAACAAAGGAUACAAGAGGACUACCUGAGAAUCCUGAGAUACUUCAGGUUUUAUGGCCGGGUGGUUUUAAAGCCUGACAGCCAUGAGCCUGAGACUCUGGCUGCCAUCAGGGAAAACGGCAGAGGACUGGCAUCUAUAGCAGGAGAAAGGAUCUGGGUGGAGCUGAAGAAGCUUGUAGUUGGUAACCAUGCUGCUCACCUGCUGGAGCUCAUCUAUGACCUGGAGCUGGCUCAGUAUUUAGGUUUACCUCCAGGUGGCGAUGUUGAUGAGAUGAAGCGUGUGUGGCAGAACGCCAAGGACCACUCUCCCAAACCCAUGACCAUCCUGGCUGCUCUCUUCCGCUGCCCAGAAGAGGUGGAAAAGAUGGACAUCAGGCUGAAAGUGUCCCGGGAGGAGAAGAACCUCUGUCUGUUCCUGGUCAAACACCGGCGGGAGCUCUGCAGGAGCCAAGAAGAACGGGACAGCCUCAGACCUUUCACCGACUUCAUCAUCGAUAGCCGGGAGCUGGACUCUCAGAGUAAAGUGUGCGAGCUGCUGAAGUACCAGGGCGAGGAGAAGCUGCUGAAAGAGCUCCUCGGGUGGUCCAUCCCUCGCUUCCCCAUCAGCGGUCACGAUCUGAGGAAGAUGGGAAUCAGCUCAGGCAAAGAAAUCGGUGCUGCCCUGCAGAUGCUCCGCGAUGUGUGGAAGAGCAGCCACUACCACAUGGACAAAGAUGAACUGCUCAGUCACCUGAAACCUUAAAUUACAUGAUGAUUAAUAAUGUCUCACAACCGAUACAUUUGUGUAUUAAAUAAAACUGCACUUCCUGCAGGUUUGAUGCCUUUGGCCAAGAAAGGACGAAGAACACAUAAAAAGUUUUAGCUUUCAUUAUGUUGGAGCUGUUAAUGUUCAUUUAUAUUUCAAUUAAAAUAUAAAAAUAUGGCACUGUGCUGCUGGAGCUGACCUGGAAAUGUGGAACGACCGUACAAUUCAACAUGUGCAUUAUUCUUUAAAGGUUAUGGAAAUGAUGUGAAACAGAAAGAGUCGGAAAAUAGAUUUUGUUAAUGUAACACAAAAUGUUUAGUUCACAUAAUUUUGUUUAAAAAAAUGCUUUCUGUACAGAAAAUA